AUGUCUGAGGUCACCGUCGCACCCCCUCAAUACCGACGGUUUUCGAGUGUUAGACUUGGGCAGGCCCCGACGACCAUGACGACGCAAGCAUCUCCAGCCGAUUUGCCACCUUAUUCCCGUCGCCGACGUGAUACUGUUUCGCAGAUGCCUCGUCGAGAGCCCGUGGCACACACAUAUCAGUUGGUCUCUGGAAGUAAAGCUUGGGCUGUGUGGAAGGUUGUGAGCAGUGCAAAGUCGAGCAAGUCGUUGCCCACUUUCUACGAGAAGGAGACGAUCACUGGGACGCUGUCGCUGGAUGUUGAUAGGUUUGAGUCGAUACAAGCCAUCUAUGUCACCGUCACUGGCCGUAUCAUAACUGGUGCUGGUUCAAGCGAUAGCUACACAUUCCUCAACACCUCGGUACCCAUCUGGUCCAAGGUCGCUGCAGGUGCGAAGUUGCAAGGGAGUUCGACGUGGCCGUUCAGCGUUCCUCUUCCCAAAACCGUGAGCAUACCCACCAGCUCUGGCGGUAGCAAGCUUUGUCCUCUGCCCGAAACCUUUAUGGAGCGAGGAAUGAUGGCCAGCAUCCAGUAUGACCUGACGCUGAGGAUAGCGCGAGGCAAAUUGCGAGCUGAUAGCACGUUGACAACACCUUUCGGCUAUGUACCCAAUAGCAAACCAGAAAGCCCAUCAAUGCUCCGACAACUGGCAUACGAGGAGGGCUGUCCAACGAUUCCAGGACCUGACGUCGACCCAGAAGGCUGGCGCAUACUACCCACCGUGCCCGUCGCAGGUACUCUCUUCAAUUCUAGGCAGCUCGAAGCACGUUGCAACAUCGCGAUAGCCAAACCUCUUUGUUACACUCGAGGAAGCGUCAUUCCGUGCACUCUCACCAUGGAUAGCUUGGACGUCCAGGCGCUCGAUCUGCUCGCUACCAGCAAGGCCAUCGUUGUCAAUUUGCGACGGGCCGUCAGGUACUACAACUCACCUUCACCUCUCAACAAAUCCGAUGUACUGUGGAGAGAGUUGUCCGAGGACGUAGGACGCGCAGUCUGGUGGCCGUCAGUCAGAGGUCGAGGCGAUGACUACAUCCGUUACCUAGAAGGAGAGAUCCAACUAGCUAAGGACUUGAAGCCGUCUGCAUCGAUAGCCCAUUUCAGCGUUUCCUACUCCGUUGUUGUCUGCCCUUUCGACUCCCCGGGCUUUAUCUCGUCUACUACCGAACCUCUGCAUUCCGAACCCGUCGAAAUUGCCACCAUGUAUGCCCGCGGCCCCAAGCCUAGGUCGUACGCUCCCCCCGCAUAUUCACGCACCACGCCACGCAAUGAGGAGUUCUACGCGACUAUGUGUGGCUUUCCCGCCACACUCCAGUGA